AUGUCCUUGUCGAAAGCCAAAAGAAAGGUAGAUGAUCAGCACAGACAAUUCCAGGAGAAGUGGGAGAUGGAUUAUUGUUUUGUUGAGUUCAGGCGCAAUGGCGCCUGCUUCAUCUGCAAAGAGAAGUUUGCCGUGUUGAAGGAAUAUAACUUGAAGUGGCAUUAUUGUAUGCAGAGGAGUACGCGCAAGAAAGUCCGUCCAGAGCCAGUGCCAGAGGUGGCGAUUCCCAGACCUCAGAGGGUCCGCCCGAUCCUCAGGAGGCUGAGGAAGUUCCUGAAAAAGGAACAAGCCCUUGUGGCAGAGGGCUCUGUACGGGAGCCCCAGACAACAGGGUCAGAGGUCACCCCUCACAUCCCCUCAGAGGUCUCGGCCAUUCCGAUCACACCUAGUCCAAAUGCCCUUCAAGAGACCGAGAAGGAGGAGACUAAGGUGAUCAAGGCCAUCCUCCAUGAGGACCCUGUUAAAAUGGAGGACCUCGAGGGAGAGGAGGAGACCAACUCGUCCCUUGUGCCUGCAGUGCUUGGGCCCUCCUCCAGCUCCUUGGAACGCUGUGUGACCCAGCUGAUGGGGCAAGAAGUUGCCAAGAGGGGAAGAUCAUCAAGGGGCAGAAGCCCCUCUGCUGCAUUAACUGCCCCAGAUAAUAGUGUUGCCCUCCUCCAACCUCAGCAGCUGAAGUGCAGAGGGCUGCCCAACCUGGGGCAUACCUGCUACCUGAACGCCACACUGCAGUGUCUGCUCCACCUGCAGCCUCUCUGCACUCAGCUGCUGGUGCAGGAGGAGGUGUGGAGGAUGGAGCCAAAGGCACUGCUGCUCGGUUCGUUUGUAGGACUGGUACUCCUCAGAGGGUCCUUUGAAAUGGACAUGAAGGCAGCUGUACUACUGGAGCUCAAGGACCAAAUCUCCCUGCACAACCAGGAGUUUGAGGGGAACUCGCAGAACGACGCCCAUGAGUUCCUCUCAGAGUGUCUACUGCGGCUAAGGGUCAUCGGCCAGGCACUGGCCAUGGGCGACAUGGCCUACCAGUGCCCAGUGGACACUCUGCUCUCCUUCCAGCUCCGGUAUAUAAGAACUUGCCAGAGGUCAGUGCUGUUUAUAAAGAAAGAGCUGACGCAUAAAUACAAGUUCCCAGAGAAUUGUGUUCCUCAGUGA